UUGGUUUUGGACAUCACACAAGUGAGCAAGUGUCUGCAACUUGUGUGGCAAAGUUUGCAUGAUUACCCUUUGUUUAAACAAUUACUAUUAUUAUUAUAGUAUUACUAUUUUUUUCCCGCAUCACCAUGCAUCUCCACUCGUCGACGUGACAUGACUUGUAACACCUCCGCGGCGCAGUAGCCUUUGUCCUUUCAAGCCGGAAGAGCAAGACACCGAAACGAACGACUCCACCACGUAGACAGCAUCAUGGCCCAUGUGCUAAGCCUCCGCUACCACAACAGCUUCAUCGAUGUAGAGGAGCCAGUGGCUCCUCUUCUGCGUCGUGCCAGCAGUGCUCCUGUCAUGGACCGAGUGGCUCCCUGGGGUGCUAACAAAAACGAAGAGGACCAGUUUUUGUAUGUUCAGGCACUCUCGAAGAAGCUUCAACAAAAGUGGCAAAGCGUGAGUGGUGUGAUGUGCAUGCCUCCAGAGCAAAUGCAGCUUGAUAGUAUCCCAAGCUUCGGCAGUUUGGGGCAUCCAGAUGUAUGCCACCGUCCUUGCAUGUACUUCCAGGCCGGGCUUUGCCGCAAUGGAAGUGCUUGUACCUACUGCCACCUCUCCCAUGAUGAGAAGCAGGUGAAGUUGGACAAGAAGCAAAGGGUGCUGAUGCAACAUAUCAGCUACAAGGAGCUAGUGGUUCUCACCCUGCCUUUCGUCCGACAACGGAUUCAAGAGAUGACCGUCGACGCUUCAGAACUUCUUUUUCUUUUAGAGACUGAGGCAGCGGAUGCCAACUUGCCAGUCGUUCCCCUUCGAGAGGGGCGGAACCUGUCAAGGGUCUUGGCUCGAAUGAACCUUUCCAGGCUGAUCGGCUUAGUGCAACACAAGAUCUCCAGUCAGAGUGAUCCUGAGAAGGCAAACCUGUCGGAGAGCCUGGAUGUUGCACUGGAGAGUAUUCGCAACCAUUUCAUUCUGAAGGAAUGAGUGGACCGCAUUCGAUGACAACGUUUGAAAGUGCAGUGAGCUCACAGCAGUACGGCAGAAGGCUGAGCCAAGAGCUUUCACUUUUAUUUUUGUUGCCUUUUCAUAAGGCAUUUCAACUAGCUGGGGAUGAAACUUUCCCUAGCCCUAUCCAUUCCAAAGCACCCUUCCUAUGUCCACUUGGCUGGCCACCUGUGGCUGCGAAGCAGAGUUGCGCUGA